GUAGCUUUUUGUAACAUUAUUGGCAUAUGUGUCUGCAUUUGCGUUGGCAUGUUUCAUUACUAUAUUUAUUAUGCUAAACCGUGCUUUGCUAUAUUUAAUUCUUGCUUAGGUUUUGGUUUACUGAAACUUGCAUUACGCAGGUACUACGCUAACGUUGUUUGGAUUAUGCAUCAAAAAUGGCCAUACUGCUGAUUGCAAUUCAGUUACUUUGGUGCAAUUUCACUGCUAAUACAAGAUUACAGUUUACUAAAACGUACUCGUAUUACGCGUGUAGUGUAUCGACAAGGGCGAGUGAUGUAUACGUUUAGAUUAUUUUAAAUGAGUCUACCUUUAAUUUUAGUCUCUAAACACCUACCGGUAUUUGUAAUGUAACUUAAUGUGAGGACAUUGCCGUUCACAGACUCUUGUGUUUUGAUGUUUUUAUACAACACAUUAAUAGCUUAAGUAAUCACACGGGCAAACUUCAACGAAACACUCACGCAUGCGCAUAUCUCAAAGUAGUGCCCAAUUCUGCAAGGGGCAAAAUUUGGCGUGACAACGGUACUACAUCGUAUCUUUGUUUUUAGUUUUGGCUAUCUUAUCAAGCACGUCCUGUGACGCCCAUGCGAUGAUUCACAUUUGGAACGUUAACUGAGCACUUAAAGAUUGGUUUGUUAGUUCUCAGACUAAAUUUGCGAAAUGCAGCAGUGUUCAUAACUGAAAAGUGAAGAAAUGGACUCGGCCGCCAUAAACGAAGAACUGAUUUGUGCUGUUUGCCGUGACGUUUUUGUGGAGCCGGUAACACUACCUUGUGGACACAAUUAUUGCAACGAAUGUGUGAAUCAGCUAAAAAAGUCAGCUUUAGGAACCACAGCAAGAGGCAGAUCCCAUUACACAUGUCCGCUCUGUCUAGCGCCCUGUGAAACCGAGAUUGAGCUGAAGAAGAAUGUUGUGCUGCACAAUAUUAUUGAAAAGAUCUGCCAGCAGCAGCUGCAGCCUGGGGCGAACGUGUUCUGUAGCGUUUGUAAAGGUCAGCAGAGAGCCCCGGCCGAGAAGACGUGUGUCAGCUGUGGAGAGUCGUACUGCUCUUUGCAUAUUAUGCCCCAUUUGGAAAACAAAUUUUUCCUUCAGCAUGUGCUUGUGAGCCCCACUGCCGAAACAAACAGGCUCUGCAGAGACCACGGCAAAGAACUGGAGCUUUAUUGCAAAACUGACUCGACCCCGUUAUGUGUUUAUUGCAUGCUGCCCUCUGAGACUAAACACCUGGCUGGCCAUGACGUUGUCAAGCUAGCGGAGGCGAGACACAUUGUAAAAGAGGAAUGUCUCGACAAACUUGGCAAUAUAAAAGAAAAUCUUUCACAGGUCCAAGGAAGUCUCCAGAAAUUGGAUGAAACUGCUUCUUGUUCAAAGGAUGCUCUUGAAAAGCAACAGCAAGGAUACAUAGGCUUCUUGAAAAAAGUAAAGCUGUUCAUAGAUAUUGAGGAGAAGGCUUGGGAGAAAAGGUUUUCAGUCGCUAAGCUGCAGGAAAGCGGCCUGAUAAAACAUAAAGCAGAGAAGCUGGAACAACUACAAACAAAGCUUCAGGAAGCUGUGUCCGCUAUGGAAAAAGCCUUGUCAAACCAAGACCCUGUGACUUUGCUGCAGCUUUUGAAAAAUGUUGCAUGGAAUGACCUGUAUCAAAAGGGCUUUUGUACUCCUAAGAUCCAGGAAAUAAUGAAAGGUCUCACUGCUGAGCCUGAUGGUUCCAAAAGAAGAAUUCCUCUGUUCAACAGUUUGCGUGGCACGUUUUCAGAUGAAGAGAUAACAUUGGAUCCAAAGACAGCCCAUCCCCAGUUGAAGAUAAACAACGAGCUUAACACAGUCGUCGCAACUCGAGAACAGAGCAUGGAAGAGCCUGACUGUGAGAGUUCUAGCAGCUGGUUUUGUGUGCUUGGCACUGGUGCCUUCAGCACUGGCUUGCACUGCUGGGAGGUGACAGUGAGAGGACUCCCCUCGUGGGCUGUAGGGGUUGCUUACAGAAGCAUCUCCAGGGAUCCUCCCGACAGUAAGCUCGGGAGCAAUGACAAGGCCUGGGCCCUGUCAUACAGCAAGAGCCGCCAGCACUUCUGCGCACAGCACAACUUACUCAUGUAUUCAUUCAGUGUUAACAAGACCCCAGACAAAAUAGGGCUGUUUUUAGACAACGACAGUGGAGUUCUUUCCUUCUAUGAUGCUGACUUGCUUGAAUGCUUGUACACAUUUUAUUGCAGUUUUAAAGCACCCGUAUAUCCCGCCUUUUGUCCCAAAUUUGAGAAGGACACAGAAUUUGUUACUGAAGCAAUGAGGGUACGAAAGAGUAUACUUUUCUAAGCAUGUGUUCUUCUUAAGGGAACAGUGAUGGUUGAUACCUGAUGUAUCUUUAUUCUUUGAGCAUUUAUCAAAGUUUUGUGAGCGUACCACAUGAUGUAGCACUAUUAAAAGCAGUCCUCAGAAUGUACAGUAUUGUAUGAGCAGCUUCCUACAUGGGAAUGCAAACCCCAGAGUCCUUUAUCAUAUGUCUGUCAGUAACCACUGUCAAUAAAGUUAAGACCUCCUACUAACAA